AGGGGGUUCUUUUGGUGUAAAUCUGGACUGCAAUUCCAUAAUUUAUCACGGUACCUCGUAAAACCGACAGUAAAACGUCCCGACCUACAAAUCACCCUCUCGAACUAUGAGUUCAUUGUAUUAUGCGAAUGCUCUGUUUUCCAAAUACCAAGCUGCGAGUUCUGCGUUUCCAUCUGGGGUCAUUGUCGAGCAAACUUCUUGCGCUUUUGCGUCCAGUUCUCGCCGGCCUGGCGGCUAUGUGUCCGGCUCCGGGACCACCGCCUUCUGCUCCUCUCUACCGGGGCUCUAUACUAGCACCAGUAGCAGCGGGGACGCGCACCCGCAGCACCAGAGCGUGCAUUCCGCCAGGUAUGGUGUCCACAGCGGCUCCGUCCAUAGCCACUGCUCCCCCUUUGACCAAGACAUGCCCGUGGCGUCGGCCGGAGGCACGUCGAAGCAGCUCGGCUGCGCCAGGGCAGGCGAGCGUGACAUCCAGCAGCAGAACGAAGGAAACUUCCGCAUCUACCCAUGGAUGAGGAGCUCAGGAGCUGAGCGGAAACGCGGCCGACAGACGUACACGCGCUUCCAGACGCUGGAGCUCGAGAAGGAAUUCCACUUCAGCCGCUACCUGACCAGGCGGAGACGCCUCGAGAUCGCGCACGCGCUCUGUCUCAGCGAGCGACAGAUCAAAAUCUGGUUCCAGAACCGUCGCAUGAAAUGGAAGAAGGAGAACAAGUCCACUGAGCGGAGCUCCGCCGCCGAGGACAGGCCUGGUGGUGGUGGGGAGGAUGAGGAUGAGGAGGAGGAGGAAGAAGAAGAAGAACAGUGAAAGAGCCGCUUCACCUUCGUGUGGCAGAGAAUACUAGACUGAUUUCAAACCGAAUGUUGGGUCCCAUCCUCUAUUUUGUAUGACACUGAGUAUAUCAAACCCCAUUGUCUAUUAUGAUGAUUUUGUGACGUAGGUCUGUUAAUUACUUUUUAUGAGAUGAAAACAAUAAGACAUUUAAUUUUUGUCUAUUUUUGUGUUUUGUCUUAAAAAUAUGUGACUCAUCUCGUACCCUAACAUACCUGGAACUGAAUAUGUUGAUGUGUAUGUCAGUAUUGUGUUGCAAGCUUUUCUAUGUCAUAAAAUGUCAUAAUAAAUAUUAAGGGAUUA